GUGAGUUUGAGCUUGAGUAUCGACGUCAUAGUCUCUAUCAUCUGUGAUUGUCUCGAUAACAUUAAACUUUUAUCUGAAGCGUUUCUUUUCUAUUUUGUAAUUAUUAUUUAUUUUUUGUGAUUUAACUUGAAAUGUGCACGUGGAAUAUUAAUUUUGUAUAUGCUAUGUGAUAAUGUGAUGUGAUUUAACUUUGGAAAUGGAGACCAAUGCAAAUCCAAAGGUGUCAUGUAUUGUAAACUACACAUAUGAUGCAUCGGAACCUGAUGAACUAACUAUCAGACCAGGUGAUGUGUUACGGGAAGUAGAAAGACUAUCGGGUGGCUGGUGGAAAGGAGAACUACGUGGCCGUCGGGGCAUGUUCCCUGAUAAUUUUGUUACUGUACUAGCUGAACAAGCCAAUGUCAGGUCUGGUGGCGUCCAGGGUCGCUGCCGGGCGGUGUUCAGCUAUCAACCAGCUAACCCGGAUGAGUUGUCAUUGGGUGUGGGAGAUGUGCUCGACGUACUUGGAGAGGUAGAGGAGGGGUGGUGGCAGGGCAGGCGGCAAGGCCGUGUUGGCGUGUUCCCCUCGAACUUCGUAGUGAUGUUGGACCCCCAGCCGGUCCCGCCUGUUGAACCCGCGCCGGCACUCCCACCUAAACCUGUGAAGGAGUUAUGCCGCGUGUUAUUUCCAUACACGGCUGUCAACGAAGAUGAGCUCUCGCUGGCCGAGGGCGACAUAGUGACCGUGGUGUCGAAGGAGGCGCCCGACCGUGGGUGGUGGCGCGGCGAACUCCAUGGACGCGUUGGCUUAUUCCCAGAUAAUUUCGUAGAACUGAUAUCCUCAGUAGGGUUAGAACCCGAAGAAAAGAAACCAGACCGGCCACCUUCAAAGACCCCCACCAAUUCAAUAUACCCCAUUCUCAACAAGUACUCUGAAAAAACAUCCUCCGUCAAAGAAAUAACUACAUCUAGAAUAAGUACGCACAAGGAGAACACAUCUAAUAAAGAAAGCAGCAUACAGAGUACAACUACACACGCAAAUAAAAAUGAGUCAGAAAAAAUGAUUCACAGCGAGACUACCAACGACGGAUCGCUUGAAGUACAAAUUAGAAAACCUCCAGUACCGACAAAGAAAAGUCCGACAAUGUCGAGCGGUGUUGGUGGGUGGCUCAAAAGUAAAAUGUUAUCGUCGACUGAAAAAGAGAAGUCAUCAUCGACAACUGUGAGCAGCGGCAGCAGUAGCGGCGGCGAGUGGGACCGUCCCGACGGCGGUGGCGCCAGCAAGCCGCCCAACAACGCCGCCACGUUCGACCAUGUCGAGCGGAACUCGUUACUCAACGACCCACGCGCCAGCAGAGCGAAAGCGCCGAGACGCAGACCACCCAGUCAAGGAGUAAGAGAUGAAUCGCCUCAGCAAAUAGGCCUCAGUAAUGGACAUGAAGCCGCCCCAGCGGAAAAACCUCCCCUCGAGAAAGUGGAAGAGAUAAGGCCUCGCACGCGAGAGUGGGAGAAGCAUAGAGCGCCAUGGAUGGAGGAGUUGAAGCUAAACCAAGCAAAGAAGACCAGCAUCGGAACUGACGGCAAGCCGCGCCCCGCCGGGGCCGGCAGCACCGACAGAAUUUUGGAUGUUGGUCUCGACGAGAAAAGGCCAACAAGUCAUUCUAUGGAAAUGUCGAAGAGCACCUCGUCCAUUAGCAGCCGAAUGUCAGUCUUGGAGAGUUUCGAGGAGACGAAAGUGCGUCAUUCGUUGGACUCUAAGAAGGACACCGCCCCAGUAGCUCGUGAACGCGAAGAACCCGCCAGCAAACCUGCAGUACAAUCGCCAACCGCCGCAGGCCGAACAUUAGCAAGUAUGUUAGACGAGGUUAAGAAGCCUACAACGCCUCACCCACCUUCAGCGACCACUCGUACAACCGAAUCUACCCCACCCUCUGAUAAAUCUUCAAACGCCAAACCAGAAAAGACUGCAAGUAGUACAGAGAAGCAUAACGAAGUUAACACGAUCACAAAAUCGUCAGAAAUGUUCGAGAAAAUAUCGAAUACUACAGAAAUCAUAGAGAAAUUGGAAGAGAAAGCACCAGAGAAGCCGUCUAACUUAUUCACUAGCGAUAGGAGUGUAUCGACGACUUUAGAGAGACUCAAACAGCUCAAAAUAGAUAAACCAGAAGCCACGGACGCGUUGGUAGCGCAGCUCAAUACUAGAAUAUUAAAGUUGGAGAAAAUCAUAGAAGAUCAGAAUACUACAUUUAAAGCUGCCAUCGACGAUCUCAAUAGAAAGCUAAUGAUAGAAACAGAGAAGCGACAGGCUCUGCAAGCUGAGAUCGAAAAGCUAGCGCAGUGUGUUACACAAGUGUAGCCUUUAUUACAUGUGCCACUUAAGUCAAUUCACCGUGGCCGUACAACUUCGAGAGAAUUUUCGUGUUACGUUUCAUUGUUAGUUAGGGAAAAUGAUGACGAUUAGAAUCACUCGGGAAAUUUUCGAGUUUCUUGACCGUUUUAUUGAUAUAUAUACCUAAUUAUACACUGCUUAUGUACUAAAAGCUUUAUCGGAUAUAUUUUAUUUUGUAAUACAAUUUUUUUAUAAAUUUUUGUGAUGCAUUGUUAAUGUUAGCAUAUAAUUUAUGCUGUAUAUACUUAUAAUUUCGUUAAGGAGAUAGUCCGAGAGUGGAUUACCAGAAUAUAUUGUACUUAGCGGUCAUCGUCAUGUAUUUAAAAUAAUUGACGCAAAAUGCAAUUUCAAUUAAUGUUUUAUCUAAUAGCAUUUUUUAGCUCAAUAUUUAACUGAGCGCCAUAUUAGUGUAAAAUAAAAUUUCACUUGGCGAAGGACGUUGGCGCGUUGUUUUUAGCCUCUGGUUAGGAAACAAUGUAGUGUAUGCAUGGGUAAUUGCGUGAUAUUAGUUCGUCACAACAUAAAUGAUAUGCGUACAUGAGAUUAAAUUAAUUUAAGGUAGGAAAAGUUAAUUAGGCGUAUAAACAAGAUGUAGGGCGUCAACAAUAAUGCAGCUAAAUCCCGCCUAAAUCAGUGCAUAAUGACUACAUAAUCAAUUCCUAAUAAAGUUCGCAUUAAAACAAAGUUUAAAUCAGUAUAGAUAGUGAUAUUUUUAUAUUCAGUAAUAAUUGUAAUGUAAUCUAUUUUCUAUUAGUUACUAGUACAUUGCUUAAACUUGUAACUAAUAAAGAUUAAAAGUAGGAACACACAAUAUAACCAAACAUACCUUUACAUUGGUGUUAUCCAAAUCUGAUCGCUAUGGGCUGGAUUAGUGUUUUUUAUAACUAGAAGAGGAUGUUACUUUAUUUUAGUUGCAUAAAUUAGUAAAGCUCUACAGUUUUUCCUAUAGUCAAGUUCAAUCUGAGAUAAUAUUAGAAAUUUUAUAUCCUAUUUUUGUUCUAUAUAAUUAAUAAUAUAUA